GAGUAAGAGCGAGAGAAAAAUCUCGUUAUGAUUUGAACCUGGCACAGCAGGCAACUUGUCGUGCGCAGCAAAGCAUUUGCGUUUCAAAACCGUUUCGUACUUUGAACGGACAAGAAGGGUUUUACCUUUUGCUCCGCUACUUUUUGAAAAAAGCAAAGCAAAGUGUCGUCGCGUGUCACGUGUCGCGUGUUGUGAAUAUCUUGAUCCGUGAGUUUGUUAUUAAAUCUAUCAAAAUUCUGUCCUCACUGUGGACCCCGUCACCGUCGGCUUGUGGUGCUGCUGGCAGCCCGAGCGACACAAAAGCAACAAAAACUAAAUUUAAGAUCACUGUAGUGAGCACACCGAGUCCCUCGCCGCCGCCCACACCUCCCCCAUUGGCACAAGCGCCCCUGGCAUCCGGUCACAUCAUGGUCGAGACAAACUCCCCGCCAACAGGCUAUAGCCUGAAACGGUGCUCUUCCUCCAGUGAUCUUGGGAGUGAUCAGCAACAACCUACGCGUCAAAUUUCCCGUUCACCGGGCACUAGCAAUGCGGCGUAUCACUUAACCACAGCCAUGUUGCUCAAUUCUCAGCAAUGCGGCUAUCUGGGACAGAGAUUGCAAUCGGUGCUGCAGCAGCAGCAACAACAUCAUCAGCAAUCCCAAUCACAAACUCCAUCCUCGGAUGAUGGUAGUCAGUCGGGGGUUACCAUUCUGGAUGAUGAGCGUCCAUCGAGAAAUGUUCCUAGUGGUGCAGCAGCAGCAGCGGCUGCUUCGCUCUUUACCAUCGAUAGUAUUCUUGGUUCACGUGGAGCUAAUGGUGCUACAUCCGGUUGCUCAUCGACUCUGCAAUCCAAUAACAGCAACACCCACUCCAGUAACAGUCACCACAACAACAACAACAGCAACAACAUCAAUAACAACAACAAUAUUAGCAUUAACUUGAAACGCCAAACCGAAUCACCUGCCUCACCGAACUCGAAUUCAAGUUCCAGUGCCGCCGCCAGUCCCAUUAGGCCGCAGCGUGUCCCAGCAAUGCUACAGCAUCCCGGCCUGCACCAUUUGGGUCACCUGGCGGCGGCAGCAGCCAGCGGUUUUGCGGCAGCUUCACCAUCGGAUUUCCUAGUGGCAUAUCCCAACUUUUAUCCAAACUAUAUGCAUGCGGCUGCGGUUGCCCAUGUGGCCGCUGCGCAAAUGCAGGCACACGCCAGUGGUCAUGCAGCGGUGGCUGCUGCCGCUGGCCUCCACUCCCAUCAUCCGCAUCAUUCCCACCAUCCACAUCAUCCCAGCCAUCAUUUGGGUCAUCAUGGCCAGCAUCAUUUGAGUCAUUUGGGUCACGGACCUCCGCCGAAACGUAAACGUCGUCAUCGCACCAUCUUCACCGAGGAGCAAUUGGAGCAACUGGAAGCCACAUUCGAUAAAACUCACUAUCCCGAUGUAGUGCUACGAGAGCAAUUAGCUCUCAAGGUCGAUCUCAAGGAGGAGAGAGUCGAGGUUUGGUUUAAGAAUCGUCGUGCCAAAUGGCGUAAACAGAAACGCGAAGAGCAGGAGAGACUGCGUAAGCUUCAAGAAGAACAAUGCGGCAGUACCACCAAUUCCACCAGCACCACAUCUGGUACCAACGCCACCACCAACAACAACAACAAUAGCAGUAGCACCAACAACAAUGGUUCCACUCCGAAUCCGCAUAACAAUGGCUCUUCCACGGGCAGUUCGUCGUCAAAAUGCUAUGCCACGCAGCUAAUUCACAUUAAAAGUGAUCCGAAUAGUUAUAGUGAUGCUGAUGAAUCCUCUGACCUGGAAGUGGCAUAAGUCAAUUGGAAUUCGAGAGUCCUGACUAAAGAUGAAGUGACGAGAAGAGAGAUAGAGAAAUGGAUCUAUAGUCAGAUAGUCCAAUUAUAGUCAAAAAUCAAAAACAAACAAACUUGAAAAAAGAAAAUCUACCAACUUUUCGAAAAGUUGUUUCAGAUUUUGAAGAUUCUGUAUAUAACCUUAUAUACUAAUGAGUAUAUAUA